AAUGCCAUGAAAAUUUUCACAUUGCCAUAUAUUUUGCGAGCCUGUCCGGCGCUUGUAUUGAGUGACAGUGUUUAUAAUAUAAAAUAAAUAUUGAUAAUUUGUUUGCUGACUGUACUAAGUGACAAUAUUGGAUGAGGCGCUAAGGGCGGUUUCGGGUGAGAGAAAAAAGACGUAAGAAACUGGACAAAGAAAAUGGCGUUCGCAACAUGGAAGUGUUUGUUUGUAUUGCUCUCAGUAUCGUAUGCGAGAUCAGAUGACAUCGACGUCGAAUUGAGUACGGGGAUUAUGCUUAAAAUUUUGAGGGCAGUAGCGAAUCAAACACAGAGCGACACUCUAAACCUGCCAGCGAAUGCGACGUCCAUUAGAGAAAACAUAACAGACACAUUUAGCUGUGAGAAUCGAACCUACGGCUACUAUGCAGAUGUCGACAACGACUGUCAAAUAUUCCACGUCUGUCUACCGUCGCAAGCGCCCUCUGGACGCAACGUCACAUACAGAUGGAGCUUCAUAUGUCCUAAUGAGACAAUCUUCAAUCAGGAAGUAUUAGUUUGCACAAGACCACGCGAGGCCAUCCCGUGUGAAGAUGCCCCCAUGUAUUACGACAUUAACAUGGAAUUUGGUAAAGUUUCGAACGAUACUAAAGAGAAAGAGACGAAUGAGAACGAAUCUAAUAAUAACAAAGAAACUGCUACUAAUUCAAAUAAAAGAAACAAAAACCAAAAGAGAAAACAGAAUCUUAUAGACAAUCGUAACCAAAACUUCAUAACUGAAGAAGUGCUCAAAGAGUUCGUCGAUGAAGAACUAAAAAGAGAAGAGGAUGAAAUUAUCGAAUUAGAGAAGGAACUAGAAAAUAAUCCUGACGUUAUGCCAGUAAUAAUUGACACAAACGAGUAUAAACCACAAAUUAAUCCUGUUAAAGAUGAUUUUGCAACAAGCGACGAAGAAAACGACUUGAACUCAAGAUUAGCUGCGGAGAGAAGUUUGAAAUGGAAUGAAAGGAAGAUUAGAAGAGGCGCGUCAAGGUUUAAAGCUAAUUUAUAAGGAAUUGUGACAACAAAUGUAAAUGUUCACCGAUGUCUCGCAUGAAUCGAUUUAUUCUUUGACCAACAAAGAAUAAAUCUAUUUUUGUACAAAUGUAGGGUGUAUUGACGAAAUAAUAAUGUUAGUAUUACUUGAUAAUUGUAAAUACAAAUUUUAGAUUGUAAUAAAUGUUGCAAACAUCUCUA